GAACCUUACCGACCUGCUGCAAACAGUCGGAGCGUCACUUGUGCGGCACCGGAAGCAGCGUGAGAUCCUUAAAGUCGAACGAGCAGCACAGAGAAAAUGUUGAGAAGCGCCUCAGCACAGAUCUUCAGACAGGUGGUGAGACACCAGAGCACAGACGUCAGCCUCAUCCUGGAGAGAUCGAUAAACCGAGUGCAGCUGUUAGGCCGAGUGGGUCAGGACCCGGUGAUGAGACAAGCGGAUGGUCGUAACCCCGUGACCAUCUUCUCGAUGGCGACCAAUGAAAUGUGGCGCACCGGAGAGGGAGAGACGACCUCAGCAGGUGACAUCAGCCAGAAGACGACGUGGCAUCGUGUGUCCGUGUUCAAACCGGGUCUGAGAGACGUGGCCUACCAGUACGUCAAGAAAGGGUCCAGGAUUCUCGUGGAGGGGAAACUGGACUACGGCGAGUAUGUGGACAAGAACCAAGUGAGACGUCAGGCCACCACCAUCAUCGCAGACAACAUCGUCUUCCUGAGCGACAACGUCCGAGACAGAACCUGAAUCACUUUCCUCUCCGUCUCCAUCCAACAACAACAAGACGACGACUUCUUUUUGUAUUUUCCUGUUUGUACAAAAAAAAUAAGACUGAGGACCUGAACGCCACCAAGUAAAGGAACUGACACGUGCAAGAGAAGUCCGGGGAGACAGAAUAUACCGCGAUGCGGGUCACGUUCGAUCUGUGGCGCCUUGAUUCUUGUAUAUAGCCGUUUAAAGAUCACUACUCAAGUUUCACGCGUGAGAAUAAUGUUGGAAAGGAGAAAAAUACCGUGAAAGACAUUUCACUGUGUUUGAAGACAGUCGUAGCUCUGUUAAGAGCAGCUCGUUGAAAAUCAUAGACAAGAAAAGUCGUAGUUUGUCUUCGUCGCAUCAGCUCAGACAAACUCUCUGAGCUCUGUAAAAAUGUUUCUGGAGGAGGAAGAAUAUGAUUCAGGAGCGUGGUGGCCAGAUUUGAUCCGUAACGAACAUUUUAAAGUUUGUGCUUCAGCCUGUUUAGUCUGAUUUGUUUCCACUGGCUUUUAUUUUGAAGUAAUCUCUCUAAUUUCACAAAGAAAACCAAGUCCAAAUUUAUUUUUUCUAGAUCGUCUCUAAAAGGAUUAAGUGUUACCUCUUUAAAAACUCACUGGAUUAUCUGGAUGUUUUCUCGACAGACAGCAAACAUCUCGAGUGCUGCGUUCUUGUUGCGCUUUGCACGUUAAGAAAUUUCAUCGUCGUCGUGUGACGACAGCUUUUUGACCACGAGCUUCAUGAAAAGGAAAAAGGAAGUGUCUGUUAAUGUUCAAUAUUUUUUGUUUGUCUUCUCCACAAAGACCAAAAACAGACCCAGUGUUAGUCACAUCCUCCGAAAGGCUUUCAUGGGGCUUUGUUGACGAGAAUAAAAAUCUUCUACCAGCUUCUGUUCUGGCAUCCAAAUUUCCAGGUUUCCAGUUUCCGCUGCAGUUUUAUUUUCCUGCUCACGUUUGUUUUCUACCGUCUGUAUUUAUCUGUUUUCUGCUUUGUCACUUUCUCAUCAGCUGUUAUCGCUCUCGUUGGUUUCUGAUUUCCAUCCUGAGCAGUGACGGUUUGUUUUCAUCUCACUUCUUCUGCUUCGUUUUCUCUGUAAUGCCUCCUAUAAAUCAUAAUACACCUCGUUUCCCCCCCAGA